AUGAUUUCAGUUAAACAAGGCAUUCGGUGCUUUUCCACGUCGCUGUUGAGAUUGACAAAUUACGGAUUCAUUGGGCUCGGAGAAAUGGGACAACAUAUGGGCAGACAUAUCUACAACAAGCUUCAGCCUGAUGACAAGUUGUAUGUUUACGAUUUGAAUCCAGAAAACUCGAAGAAAUUUGUGAAAACGGUCACUGAGGUGACCCCAGGCAAUAAACAAUUAUUAAUUCCUUUGGAUUCGGUAUCAGACUUUGUUCAUAAGGUGGACUCCCAAUUGGAUUAUAUAAUGACGAUGGUGCCAGAAGGAAAACAUGUUCAAUCGGUAGUUGAGGAAUUGGUGCAAAACUAUCAAAAGUGCACUACUGACAUUUCGAAGGUGAGUACAACAUUACUAGACUCGUCUACAAUCGACAUUCCUACGUCUAUUGAGGUGCAUAAGUAUGUGAAGCAACAGAUUCCUCAUUUUGACUUUAUUGAUGCCCCUGUUUCAGGGGGGGUCGCAGGUGCUCGUAAGGGUACAUUAUCUUUCAUGUUAUCAAGAGAGACCCAUGAUGAUAUUUCUCCCUCUUUAACCACUUUGUUAAGCAAGAUGGGUACAAACAUUUUUCCAUGUGGAAAGACCCAUGGUACUGGUUUAGCUGCAAAAUUAUCUAACAACUAUUUGUUGGCAGUCACGAACUUAGCAGUAGCCGAUUCGUUCCAAUUGGCGAAAUCAUUUGGAUUGGAUUUGAAGAAUUAUGCUAAGUUGGUAUCAGUAUCCACUGGUAAAUCGUGGGCUUCGGUCGAUAAUUGUCCUAUUAAAGGAGUAUAUCCAAAGGAAAACGAUUUACCAGCAGACCGUGAUUUUAAAGGAGGAUUUAUCACUAAAUUGACAAGAAAAGAUUUGGUUUUAGCCACCCAGAGUGCUCAGAGUAACAACAGGUUUUUGUUCUUGGGUGAAGUUGGUAAGAAAUGGUACGACAAAGCCUGUGAAAGGGAAGAUUUAGCUACCAAAGAUUUGGGGGUAUUAUUCGAAUGGUUAGAGGAACUAUCUGAAAAGGAUAAAUAG